UCGAAGACUUGGGAAAAGUUCGAGAUUGCUGAGAUUCCUCUUCAAUUGCUCAGCAUUGUAUACAACGCGCAACUUGUACAUCGAUUUAACCUCCGAUCGAGAAAAUUCGUUCUCAUUUGUGCGCCUUAUUUGUGUGUCUGAUUCGAAACGAUGAACGACACGAAUAACAAAGCGCAGGUUCAAUCGAACGAGGAGGUCGUCGAGGAACUCACCAGAGAUCUGAAGAGUUCUUGCAUCGAACCGAACGAAAACUCGUCGACGAACGUUCCGUCGUCUGACGCGAGAUCGAGGGACGCAGCCGACGAUGAUUCGUGGAACAUUCCGGACGAGGAACACACCGCAGAGAGUAACAACGAAAACGCACAAAACACGGAUCCGGAAGAGGUAAUCGAAAACUUACUCAAAGACAGAGACUCGUCGCUUACGGAGUGCGAAAAAGAGACGUUGAAGUGCGAAGCCGAAACUCGAAAACAGGCUGGAAAUGACUUCUAUAAAAAAGGUGAAUACGUGGAGGCGAUAUCGCGGUAUACAGAAGGAUUGCAAACCUGUCCUCUGGUGUACAGUAAAGAAAGAUCUAUAUUAUACGCAAAUAGAGCGGCAGCGAAAGCAAUGUGUCAGACAGAAAAGGAUUCGGUGAUAUCUGACUGCACAAAGGCUAUUGAAUUAAAUCCUAGCUACGUGAAGGCUUACGUACGAAGAGCACAAGCUUACGAGGAAUCGGACAAGUUGGACGAAGCUUUAGAGGAUUAUAAGAAAGUACUGACAUUCGAUUCUAGUCACAAAGAAGCCAAUCAUGCCGUUAUGAGGUUACCGCCGUUAAUUGAGGAAAGGAAUGAAAAGUUGAAGAUGGAGAUGUUGGGUAAACUCAAAGACCUAGGAAAUAUGGUAUUGAAGCCGUUCGGCCUUUCCACGAAUAACUUUGAAUUAGAAAAGAAUCCCAAUAGCGAGGGUUACUCUGUAAAGUUCCGCCAGAACCCCACGUAACAAGCUGGUUAUAUAUGAUUCUUAUUAUUUAAAAAAAAAAAAAAAAAAAA